UCUGGUACUUUAUGGGUUCUUCUUUGUCUAGAACUCGAGGUGAUUCUGGGGUGGGAACUUCUGGUCAAAGAAUCCCCGAUUCCAACUGUGAUUGGGGAUCCAAGUGCAACUGUCCCAAUAACGAGCAUUCCUACUCCGCCGAAUAUAAAAACAAUCUGUAUUUGGCCCAAAAAGAAAAUACGAGUACUCGAAACUAUUUGGAAGAAUGGUUUCGGAAGAGGGAAGUGGAGCCAGGAGAGGAGGUUGAGUCAAAAUAUGACGAUCGGAAACCCACUCCCUCAGAUCUGCGUUUUUUCGGUGAAGGAGAUUCCGAUGAGGAACCAAGUGGGUCUGAUUCAUUUGAUCUGGUGUAUGUUGGAGAGUGUGAAAAUGAGAAUGGUGAUGCUGUUGGGUCUCCAGGACAACUUUCAUCUGGUUAUCCCUCCUCAAAGAAAGGAGAAAAGGGAAAAAAAUCGGCUUCAGCAUCUGAUGAUGCUUAGAUAAGUCUGUCUCCUUUCUCCCUUUUUUCAUUUUAUUGAAUGCUGGCUAGCUGUGGAGUCAUAAGGUGGAUGCCAACAACUGUGAUCUGUUGUUGGCCAGGGGUGUUGUUGUUUGGAUGAUGAUGUUGUGAUUAGUUGUAUGGAUGUUGAUGUUAGAUAAUGAUGUUAUGAUAUUGAUAUUGAUAAUGAUGAUUGGAUGAUGGUGUUUCCAUAUGGUUAUGAAAUUUUGUGGAAUGUUGUCUGUGUGAUGAACAUGAUUUGAUGGCUUAAUGUCCCCUGUUUUAUGGUAUGUUUUGUGUAUGAUAAAUAUGAUGCUUUGGUGAGUAUGAGAUUUGAUCAGUAUAACUAUGUUUUGGAUUAGUAAAGGCAUGAAAUGAAUAUAAUUUGGGGAUAGGGUUUGAGUUAUUUCAGUCCUCUCAGUGUGGCCUGGUGUUGAAUGCUUAAUGUCCAAGCAUGUCCCUUUAGGAUACAGUAAUGUCCCUUUAUUUAUUGUGAUCGAUGAUGAGUCUUUUUAUUGCUGAGGAACAAGUCUUACUAACCACAAAUGCUCGUGCUGCCAUUAGUAUCA